ACUGAGUUAAUGGAUGGAUCAAAUGAGUCUGUGGUGUAUGAAUUUGUUUUGUUGGGACUCGCAAGUUCUCAGGAGAUUCAAGUUCUUCUGUUUCUGUUCUUUUCACUAUUUUAUAUGGCGAGCAUGCUGGGAAACCUCCUCAUUGUACUGACAGUCAUCUCAGAUGCUCGAUUACACUCACCCAUGUAUUUUCUGUUGGCUAACCUUUCUUUCAUUGACACAUGUGUUUGCAGUAUUGCAGCCCCUAAGAUGAUUUCUGAUCUUUUCAGAAAGCGCAAAGUCAUCUCUUGGAAUGGCUGCAUUGCUCAGAUGUUCUUUAUUCAUACUGUUGGGGGUACUGAGAUGGUGCUUCUCAUAGUUAUGGCCUUUGAUCGAUUCAUUGCAAUAUGUAAACCUCUUCACUACCUGACCAUUAUGAGGCUGAGAAGGUGCAUUUUGCUUUUGAUGGUGUCUUGGAUUAUUGGCUUUAUACAUUCUAUGCUGCAAUUGGCUUUUGUUAUAAAUUUACCUUUUUGUGGCCCUAACAAAGUGGAUAGUUUUUAUUGUGAUUUUCCUAGGUUCAUCAAACUUGCCUGCAUGGAUACCUAUAGACUAGAGUUCUUGGUCACUGCUAACAGUGGCUUCAUCUCCAUAGGCACUUUCUUCAUUUUGAUUAUCUCCUACAUCUUCAUCUUGGUCACUGUUCGUAAACAUUCUUCAGGUGGUUCAUCCAAGGCCCUUUCUACCCUGUCAGCUCACAUCACAGUAGUGAUCUUUUUCUUUGGUCCAUGCAUCAUUGUCUAUGUAUGGCCAUUCCCCACAUUACCAAUAGAUAAAUUUCUUGCCAUCUUUGAUGUAAUUAUAACCCCUUUUAUGAAUCCUGUCAUCUAUACAUUCAGGAAUAAAGAAAUGAAAGUGGCAAUGAAAAAGCUGUUCAGUAAUAUCAUAAGUUUCAAGAAAACAUUUUAA